AAGCAGGAAGACGAUGGUGGCUGCCGUGCUGUUGAGGAGAUUCUACUCAAGCGGCGGAGCCGCCGCCGUUGCGGGAGGAGAAGGAGCAGGACCCACCGGGGCCGUGGCCAAGAGAGGCGUGUGGGAGCGACUAGGCGCUUGGGUCCGCGGGCUCCUGCAUGACUACGGCGAGGCGUGCACCGACGCGGCGGCGGCGGCGCGGGAGCGGCCCGUACGGGCGGUGCUGUAUGCCGGCCUGCUGGGUGGUGCAGCUGCCUGCGCCCUCGGGGCUCCAGAGGAGCCGUCCUUUGAAGAGGCACUGCUGGACGCGUCCGGGACCCUGCUUCUGCUUGCGCCCGGCACUCGCAACCCUGGCUCGGAAGCGCAUGUGCAGCGGCUCCUGUGGCUGCGGGGCCAGGGCCGACUUCGCCACUGCAGCCUAGGCCUGUGCUCGUUGCUUUACGAGGCACCCUACGACCCCGAGGCCAGUCUCUACCAGGCGCGCUGCCGCCACCUGCAGCCUCGCUGGGCCGAUUUUCCAGGACGCGUGCUUGACAUAGGCUUCCUGGGCAGCUGGUGGGUGUUGCGCUCCAAGAUGCGAGACUUCGACAUUAACGACGAAGAAUUUCGCCACCUACCGCCCCACCUCCGCACCAUGGCCGAGCACCAGUUGCGCUCCGAGACCAAUGAGCGACUCUUCGACCAGAAAUAUCUUCCCGUGGUGCUCACGGAGGAUCAGGUAGACCAGGCCCUGUGGGAGGAGCACAUUCUUCAGAAAGAGAAAAAAGACAAGUUGAUUCUUAGCGAAGUUGCCCCUAAGGAAAUCGAGACCCAGAUGGCUGCCAGGUGAAGCCUCCCCAAGCUGACUCCGAGGGCAGGGGCCUCUAAAUGACUGAGCUUUUCCAUUGCUUUCUUGAUCCUUGGCUAAGGGAGGGAGCUUUAGUGAAAUAAACUAUUUUUUUCCUCUCUUCUA